AUGAUGUAUUUGGAGGAGCGUAAACUGGUACACAGAGAUCUCGCGGCGAGGAAUGUGUUGGUCGGCGAUAAAAUUUCCGGUGUCCCCGUUGUUAAGGUAUGUGCUGUUAAAAACUGA